AAGCGAUGUGGCAGUGUCUGAAAACAGAUGAUUUUUGUUUUUGCUUGUACGUUUAUUAAUUUUAUAAUAUUUUAAUUAUUAAAUGUUUUAUAAACAAAAUGUCCAAGGAGUCUAAAACUAUACUCAAAGAAGUACGGGAAGCUAUCAAAAAUGAGAAGUUCAAUGAUGCGAUAGAAAAAUGUGAAGCUUUGCUUAGAGAUGAACCCAAAAAUUAUAUGGCAUACUUACUCUUGGGAGCAGCUUAUCAAAAUAGCAAUAAAGUAGAGGCGGCGAAAUAUUUACGAAAAGCGGUAGAAUUUUCACCGGCUGCACCAACUGUUGCGCUGCAGGGACUAGCCAAUUGUGCACCGCAAAAUGAGCUGCCAAAAAUUUAUGAACAAUUAAUAGAUUUAGUGCCCGAAAAAUUUGCAUUUUAUUUUGAGAAGCUUUACGGAGCAGGAUUAAACAAUAGGAAUGUUGCAGAAGAGUGUUUCAACUUUUUCAAACGCGAUUUAGCACGGAAUGAACAAAAUGAAGAAAGGCAUGCACUAGGUUUGAAAUAUUUGGCACGAAUUUGGAUCUUAUUUGAAUUUGAUGUGCAUGUUGGAGAUGAGCCCCUUUAUAAGAUCGCUUUGGAAAAAUUAAUUGCAGACACACAAGAUGACCAACAACUAAAUGCAUACAAGCGAUACCUAAAAUUGUUGUACAAGAACGAAGAAUAUACUGAUUGCUUCAAGCAUGCCUGUGAAGCAACCAAAGAAUACCCUGAAGACAUUUACGCCUAUGAAUGGGUGUGCAAAAUUUACUGCGAAGUACUUGAUCUAUCAAUAGCUUGCUUGAACGAAGCGCAGGAAACGAUAGAACACUACGUCGAUGCCUUGCUACAGUUAAAUCCGCAAGCUAGUUUAGGAUUACUCAUUCGAGCCUUUAAACUCUUUGAGAAACAACAUUAUGUGGCUGCGCGAGAUCUCUUGUAUCGUGUACAAGAGUUACAACCGAAAUAUGGCGUUGCUUUAGAAUUGUUGGCGCGCGUAGAAAUGCUAAUUGGUGUCUGGGGCUUGGCAUUACCAUUAUGGAAAGCUAUUGGAAAAGAUAAUACUAUCGAGUAUGCGUUUUGCUUAUCCCAUGUUAGCAGUAAUGAAGAGCAGUCACUAGAAGCAAUUGAAUUGUUGAAAAAGUUUGACCACAAUGAGGAAGUCACAACAGCUUUGGCCAGGUGUUAUUUUAAAAUAGGCGAUAUGGAAAAGUUAAAAGAGCUGAAUUUAAAUACAUUACAAAAAGCUGAGUUUCUCUUGGCGCCUGAGGCUGCGAUUAAACUACUGCAAGCUUCUGAUUAUAUUGAAACGUUUGAUGUUCUGUUUUUACUCUCGAAAUUACAUCUAAAACUGACCGAUUAUGCGUCUGCUUUGAAUUGCAUGCUCAAAGCGACACGAUUACAACCUUAUAGUGCGGAAUGCUUUCAUUAUCUCGGAAAAAUCUAUUACCACACAAAGGAUUUGGUGCGAGCACGUAAAUGCUUCGAAAAAUGUGUGAAUUUGAAUCCAUUGUGCGAGAGCGCAGUAAAUAAUCUGAGUGCAAUUUACCAGCAACUAGGAGAAGAGGAUUUGAACGUUGCGCUCUUGAUCAAUACGCUGAAAUAUAUGAAAACAGCAGAUUCUAAGCGCAUACAUUAUAAGCUUGGUUUACAUUACUUCAAUGUUAAAAAGUACGACGAGGCCAUACAAUCCUUUCGCACUGCUAUUAAGCUUGAUGUAAAUUGCAUGAACUAUUGGGAGUCUCUGGGCGAUGCUUAUUCCGAGCGUGGCUCAUACUACUCUGCCAUACGUGUAUUUCAGAAAUUACUCGAAAUGUGUCCCAGCAACAUUUAUGCUAAGCUACAAAUGGCGUUGCUUAAAUCGACUAUUCGCAUGUACCCCGAAGCCAUAGCGGACUUUGAUGAAUUACUGCAAACACAUCCCGAUUACUUACCUGGCUUGAAGGGUGCAGCGGAAGCGCAUGUUGGCUUGGCGAACAAUAUGAAAUUGGAACAUUUAUAUGGACGUUGCAAAGAGCACCUACAGUUGGCUGUUAAUUAUUUACAACGUGCUUUUUUGUUGUCAAAUAGCCAAAACAUGUUCUGGCUGUGGCGUCUUACCGCAAAUGUAUUUGUGCAAACUGCGCGCAUGCCCAGUUCCUUGGCAUACUUGGAGGUGUCGGGCAAGCUGGCUAAAUUGGAAGAGCAAACAGCGAUAUUAUCUAGAAAGGACUUGUACACAUUGGCUGCAAGAUUUUACACCUGCGCCAUCAAAUUGAAAUCGAACACGUUUAUCUGGUACGAAUUCGCUUUGUGUUCAUAUUACUGCGCCUUAAAUUUUCCCGAAGAAGCGUCUGCACAAUUGGAACUCUCAACCAAAGCGUGCAAAAUGGCCAUAAAUGAACAAGGCGGUCGCUGGCAAAAUUGGAAUUUACUCGGCGUAAUAAAUUUGCAUGAAGCGGUAAACAACUUGCCGCUGGCCCAGCAUUGCUUCAUUCAGGCCCUAACGCUCGAUCGCAAGUCAUUCAGCACUUGGACUAAUCUCGGUGUGUUGUAUUUGAUGUUGAGCGAAAUAAAACUUGCGAAUCAGGCAUUUCAGCGUGCCCAACAAUCGAGUCCUAUUUAUGGCAAUGCUUGGAUUGGGCAGGCCAUGAUUGCUGAAGCCAUCGGUGAGGAGGAAGAGGCUUUGGAUCUCUUCAGACAUUGUCAACAGUUUGAAUACCAUCCAGAGUCCUCCUUAGGUUAUGCGCACUGGGUGUGUAAUGUGUUGACGGAUGAGGAGAAAUGCAAAAUACCGCAUUAUCGUCAUGCUAUUGAAAACAUGUAUGCCGAUGUGGUGGCACUGGAUGCAAUUAACUGGCACAUAGCGAAUGAGGAGAAGGCUGCCACAACCGCUGCGCUCUCACUUCAAGGUUUCCUCAAUAUACGACACAAGCAUUAUGGGCUUGCCGAACGUGCAUACCUACAGGCUGUUGAGCACAUGGCGUCUGGUGCCGAACGCGACAAGCUCUUGACAAAUUUAGGUUAUCUUUACUUGGAAAUUAAUCGGCCCAAUGAUGCUAUAAACGUUUUCAAUCGCAUAACACACGCCUCUUUUAAGGCCAUUAUCGGUUUGGCGCUGGCAUUCGUGCGUGCCGGCCAACAUCAGGAGGCAUAUUCCGUGUACAAUUCGGUGCUGAAGACUUUGUCCGAAAGCAAUGAUGAUAAAGCCGGCAUGAUAUUGGUAGCAAUGGCGGCUAUGGUUUAUGCCUCGCAAGGUGAAGCGGACACGAAAACGAUUUUGUAUCAAUGCAUAUUACUCAAGAACUCGCCUAUACAAGCCUUAUACUCCGCCUGCGCUUUGGGCAUUCUACAUCAAGACAAUCAACUAACAACAACCAUAUUGACAGAGCUAAAAAAGUAUGAAAACUGCGAAGCACACUGCGCACACAUUAGCUACUUGACGGCGCAACAUUAUGCGAGUAUUCAACAAGCACGCAAAGGUCUGAAUUAUCUACUAACACGUGUGCAUAUAUUUCCACAUAACGCCGAGCUGCGCAAAGUUUUGGCCAAUUAUCUAUUGGAUCAUUUCAGCCAUGCUGCACAGUACCAAGUGGCCACAAGCCAAAUCGCGCUGAGCUCAAUAAGUCUGUUGCAUCGCAAUAAAACACGAAAGAGCGACUGUAUUGAGGAUUCUAAAUUGCUACUUAUUGCCAGCCGCGCUUUGAGCGCCGUUAACAAGUCGCGUUCUUUGAAAUUAAUACAGCAUGCUAUACGCUUGCAUCCCCAAAAUCAGCACGCAUGGUUGGCGCUGCAGAAAGUACAAUAAAAUGCAUUUCGAUUUGUGUUGUUGUUGAAACUUAGUACCGACAUACAACCGUUAUACAAAAAAUAAAGAAGUGGUAAUACUUGAAACAUAUUUUAUAGUAAGAAAAGUAAAAUGCUACAUUUUCAAUUAAGUUUAGACCGAUAUGUAUCAUUUUUUAUAUGAAAAAAAUUGAAAUUUGUGUAAAAUGUGUUCACUUAAAUAAAGCAGCACUUCGUUCAUGAAGCCAGAAAACUA